CCCCUUCCUCAUCUUUCCACGGCCACGUGUGCCCACGAGCCUCAUGGGGUAGCAGGCACGGGACGAGUCUACAGGUGUCUCCCUGAUGGUGUCCCUAGAAGUGGAUUCCAGAAGGACCCCACUGUGCAGACGGGGAGACCGGGGGGCCCCGGGAGGCACAGGGUCUGUGCGGGGUCCCGGCACUGGUCAGGAGGAAAACCCAGGUCUGAACCCAGCUCUGUGUCCCCAGAGCUGCCACACCGGCUGCACCAGGCCUCGCGGGGAUGUGGCUGGGCUGUGUUGGUGUCACUGUAGGGACAGGGCAUGGGGUGGAGGGGAGCCCUCCGCAGCCUGGGAGGGGCUCUUGUAGGAGGAGGAAGAUGGGUAAGGGGACCCACCUCUCUGGUCACAAAGCCCAGUGACCUGGCAGUGACCUCACCUCUCUGGUCACAAAGCCCAAGUGAAGUCAGAACCCGGGUCACCAGGCACCCACAUUGUGGAGACAGCGCCCGACUGGGCUCAUUCGUUGGGACACCUUCGCCUGACGAACAUGUUCUCCUGUUGUGUGCCCGUGUCCCGCGGCUGCUGGCUCAGGGGAGCCCGUGGCUGCGACGCUCCCCGACCCCGGAGACAGUGGGUCAGGUCGUGCACAGGACGCCUCAGGUCUCUAGCUCGCAGGGAGCCAAAGAAAUCAACGGAUGAAAUCGGGAGGCGACUGUCGGGAUCCCGAUUCACCUGCCCUACAGAGGUGUGCGUGUGCCCCGUCGCCCAGGAGGGCCACCCUGGACCCGGGGAGAGAGUGGCCGCACGGAGGUCUCCGGAAGCAGGGCCUGGAGAUGGCCUGGGAGGGCCUCCCUCACCGCCCGGGCCCCUCCACAGGGUCCUGGCUCAGCGGUCCUGGGACCAGGACCCGGAGCCCCCAGAGCCCGAGCCCGAGGAGUCCGGGGCAGGAGCAGAAGCCGGUGCGGCUCCAGAGCCCGACCCAACAGCCUCGGGGGCCUCGGCGGCUCUGGAGGCGGGGGUGGCGUCUGGGGCGACUCCUGCAGGGGCCCGGCAGCCGGCAGGUGACCUGGGACCUGUGCGGGGACAGCGGGCACCUGGGCAGAGUCAGCUGGGUCCUGCUUCUGCUCCUGCUGCUUCCACUGUUCCUGCUUCUGCUCCCAACACCGUUCCUGCCACCGCCCUUCUCCCCGCCCCUGCCACCUCUCUUCUCCCUGCCCCUGCCCCCGCCCCUGCCACCGCCCUUCUCCCUGCCCCUGCCACCGCCCUUGCUCCCACAUGGAUGCCAGCCACUGAUCAAGGGCCUGAGGGCCUACACGGGAUGUUUGUUUUAUUUCUAAUUGUUCCAAUCCCCGACCCUGACACCCUACCACAAUGUCUCUUCCUCUUCUCCCUUAUCCUUUCUCUCCUCUUCUUUUUAGCUGUGACUUUAUUUCUUCACUGUUGGUUUAUAAUCCAUAUUAAUCCUCAGUAAAAUUUUUAUUUACUUUA